CAAGUUGUAAAGUACUCUGUUUCCCUUUCCAACUCGUGUUUGGAUUUCCAAAGCCGCCAUACAUACUUGAAAGCUAUUCUCACUCAACCUCUAUUUUACAUAUAUAUAUAGAGAUGGUAAAGCGUUGUCUCUGCUACUUUUGAGCGGUUGAGAUUGGAGGUUUUUCAUUCACCUCUGUUUUUUUUUAUCAACAACCAUCAAUCCUUCAAUCCCCACCUUCUAAAUUUGAUUACUUUAUACGAGUUUGACUUUUAAUUGUUUGGAAAGAAAGAAAGAAAGCUAGAAACCAUGUUUACUAUUCCAUCAUCAUCAUCAAUUGAAGAAGAAAAACAAGAAAAGAUCGUCAUCGGCGUCGGAGGAGGUGGGAUCGAAUCUCUGCCGGUGGAGUUGUUGGUUGAAGUUCUAGCUCUGGUUGCCUCCUCUUCCUUCACCGACCUCUUCAAUUCCAAACUAUGUUGUAGAGAAUUUCUGGGAGUAGCAGAGGAGAAGUACAUACUACAACACGUGUCAAUAGAAAAAUUCCCAGUAAUUCAUCAAUGGCUGAAACGUGAAGAAGUGAGUUUGUUCUUAAAUCGGUGCAUACAAAGUGGAAACCCAGAAGCAUUGUACAGACAAGGAAUGGUUGAAUACUUCAGCCACAUGAGAAUGGAAUCAGGACUAGAGCAUUUGAAGAGAGCAGCAGAGAAAGGACACGUGGAGGCCUCAUACGUGUAUGGUGUGAUCCUCCUCUCUAGGGGUGGGCAAUCAACCAAACAAGGCCUAAAGCUUCUAAAUGCCAUGAACAAUACUUGUUCAAAUUCAAAGAGCUUGAGAAUCCAAGAGUGCAGAGAAAGAAUCAAAGCCAUUAUUCACACAAUGUGGAUCAACAAUCAUAUGGUCAGCCAACAAACAAAUUUCUGUUGCCAUGGAAAAACUCGAAGCACCAGAGUGAGAGAGACAUGGAGAGGCCGCGAAGAAGAGGAUGACAACACGAGCUGUGAAACUUGUAAAUGGGAUAGAGAAGUCAACUUGUUCUGUAACAUGUUACUGGGUAGGAGUGUUUAGAUUAUUUAUAAAAGUUGUGUUAUAUAAAUACAGAAAUCAAAUAUAGGUAUCUUUUGGUAAUUAGGUUAAAAGUCAGUUUAUUGAUUUUUUGACUUUAUUCCAAGACCUAUUUCAGACAGUUACUUAUUGUCCAAAAUAAGUCUUAAAAUAAAAAUAGAUGAACAAAGUACAACAUAUAGACAAUAAUCAAUACUGCCAAAAGUAGGAGAAACAUGAAAGAGAGGCCAAGAAGAAAAGGGUGACAACAUGAGUUGUGAAGGUUGUAAUUGGAAUGAAGAAGUCAAACUUGCUUUGUAAUGUUACUCGGGAUUGUUUAGAUCAUUUUAUUUAUUUAUUAAAUAUUAUUAUGGUAUGUUCAA